AGGAAAUAGCCGGGCUUCAACUGGGGAAAAAAGCGCGUCAGCCUGAGCAGAGCCGCGACCGCGAAGCAGGGAGCCCGGAAGCGAGCAGCGGAGUCGGUCGGCGGCGCUUCUCGGCGUGGUAUCCAAGGGGCCGUCAGGCCUGCUGCAGUGAGAGGCAUCCGAGGUGUGGCAAGACAAAUACUGUAAAGAUGGUGAGGAUUUUGGCCAACGGAGAUAUUGUACAGGAUGAUGAUCCUCGAGUGAGGCAGAAUGCUCAGAACUCAUCCCGGCUGGGGUUUUUCAACACGACGACAAAUGCGGGCUCCACCCCUCACCAGCGCUUCCAACAGCAGUCUCAGCACCAGGGCGCCAGGCCAGGGGAGCGUUCGCCAUUUUCAGACCUCAACCACCAGUUGGUGAACAUGGGCUUCCCCACCUGGAACCUUGGCAGUCACGUGGUGCAGCCCUUGAUGUCCAUCCUGCUGCUGUUCCUGCUGCUGAUGUUUGGGAUCCGUGGCCUCCUCUUGGUUGGUCUCGUCUACAUUGUGUCCCACUUAAGCCAGCGAUGACAGGGCCUCCCGGGCAGGCCAUGCCAGCUGCCUGGCUCAAGCUGAAAGGCCAAGUUUCCUUGUUGGGUGUGGAUGUGUUGGAGAGGAAGUGCGGGUUGUGUGCCCCAUUGUGCAUGUGUGUGUUUAUGUGUGUAUAGGGUUCCCAGUUGAGAAUCUUCAUGUAUAAAAUACUCGGGGAACAGGACUGGACGUCCAGGCCACACGUGGCAAGUGAGCUCCUGAGGGUAGUGCUUCUUGCACACAAAAUACCUCCAGCUGAGAACUGGAUUGCUCUUCACGUCACCUACAACAAUAAAUUCAUUUUGCUCUGCUGCUGAGGAUGUUCUGGAUACAGUCGUGGUCAAGGAUUGGGGUGGUGGUAAAACUGGGGCUUGGAUUCAGACUGCAUUGGCAAUUUCUCCCUUCUCCCUGCAGACUCCCCUCAUCCCAUUGUUCAGGAUCUCUUGUCCCCCAGUGGGAGGGGGCAGGCUGCAAAGUUCCAUUCUGCCAUUGGAAAAUAUAGCCUGGUUCUGACCCUUUGUUUUUCAGCUGAAGGACUGAAAAGGCAGCAGCUGGAUCUCUAAGUGAACAAACAGAAUCUAGUCUGUACGUGGCAACAUUUUCAUGCCUGAAGACCAAGCAAAUGUUGAUGGUGCUCUGGAAGAGGAUGUAGCUACGUAUGAUAGUUGGUAGUCAUGGGCUUCAAAUGAAGGUGUCGCUAAUGCAUCUACUUCUGAAACAUGGCUCCAGAUUUUUAAAAUGGGACCGUGUCUGGAGAUAGAAUCUAAAUAGUUUUAAGGCAGUGGUUGCAACUCAGGAGAAGUUAAGUGAAACAUGUCUCUUGACGUAAUCUGGACUUGCAGCCAGACUCUGUUUACAAGGAAGUAAAACCCAGUGAUUUCUGUGGAACUUGCUUAUCAAACAAAUGUGCCUGGGAUUACAGCCAUAGUUAUUUUGUUUAUGUUUGCAGGUUAUACCCAUCAGCAUAUGUCACUUGAGAGUUCUUAUGAAGGCUUACAUGUAACAGUAAAAUAAAUGAUCUGUAAACUACAAGAGCCAGCGCAGUAUGGUGGUUGAACUGUAGGCACUGAUCUGGAUUCGAUUCCCGCUCCUUCACAAGAAGCCUGCUGGGUGAUCUUAGGCCAGUCACAGUUCUCUCAGAACUCUCAGCUCAUGCAGAGGGAAGCAAGGGCAAACCACCUCCGAACAUUUCUUGCCUUGACAACCUACAAGAUCUCCAUAAGUCAGUUGUGACUUGUGGCAGUUUCCACUGCCGUCCCCAAAAUACCAGGCUUUAUCAUCAAAAGAACACGAGAAAGCAAUAAAAACAAAUUCAUAGCAGAAUCAAAGUUCCUAGUAGACAUUUAAUAAUGUCUAGGAAAAAAUAUCAUAAAACCAUCAGUGAACAUAAUGAACUGGCUUCAUAAAAACCAGCGUGCCUCCUGAACUUUCAUGGUGAAGCGCCACCCCCUCCUGUUCCGUUUGAGGUCAGAUGUCAACACUUGAAAGAAGGCAUUGUGCUUACAUUCUGUUGAUUUCAGUGGGAUAGUGACAUCUUUUUGUGGCUUGUGUCCUGUUUCUGUGAUGCAACCUACAUGCGAACUGGUCAUUGAAGCAGAAGGAGCACCGUGUACCUGUGGAGCCCCAGCUGCCAUAUCUGGCAGUGGGAGCCUUUUGUAUAUCUGGAGCUCUGGAUGUCAGCUAGUGUUCAUGUAUCUAGCGAAUACUGUCCCCCGCCCUUUGCCUUUCUAGGGUUUGAUGCCAGGGAGAUCUGUGUUCAGAUCUGUGGGCCAAGCUUGUGCUCUUAUCAUAUAAAUGAGUUGCUAGGUCAUGGUUUGAGAUGUCUUACCCCUCUCACACACAAGAAUAGCAGAAGACCGUUGUGCUUGAGAUAGAUAUAGGAAUUUUUGUUUUUGAACUAUUGCAGAACUGUUUUAUUAAUCACCUCUGACUCAAACUGGAGAUAGAUCUCCCAAGCAAAAUUUUCUUCUGUUAGUAAAUACCCUGUUGCAGGCAGGAAGGUGUUGGAUGGGUGAGAAAAACUUUCUUCAUAAGUGCGGUUGGACUUCAAGAUAGGCAAGUUGAGCCAGAAUUGAAAUACUAUUCCCAAAUUAGGAAGUGAUUAGAAUCUAUAUGUAAAUACAGAUCUCAAGAAUUAUUUUGGUUAGUUUAGUUAUGGUGGCUUCACUUAUUGAGCUUGGGGGACGGGAAGAAGAGCUGGUGGCUGAGGCCACUAGGUGAGAAGGCCUGUACAUAUUCUCCCUGAAAUUUGUGAAAUUAUAUGUGGAGGCCCCAGUGAGAUGAUCACAUGAGGGCUGCCAUAUGUGAACUUGCCCAUAAUCUUAAAAUGCUGUGUGUUUGUAUGUGUGCAUGUGUGUGCAUUGCAACGGGGAAGCCUUUCUGAGUGAAUGUACACUGGGCCAAUUUAACGUGGUUAUUGCUUCUGUUCAGUAAACUGACUGGAAUGGCACCUCCUCGACUGCACAUUUCUCAAUCCCAAUGAAAUGUGUUAGGAGCUUUGCCCUAGGCCGUUUUCUCUCUUAAUAAUGGCUUCCUGCUAAAACAGUGUGUCGGGACAGAAUUCAGUCAAGGAAACGCUGUUUAUAUAAUCUGCUGCUGUUUGUAAUGCUGGUCACAAAAUGUUCUAUAAUACAUAUUUUUUUCUCUUUCCAA